AUGGCCGAUUCAAAAGUUAGCGGUGUCUAUCGAAUUCCUCCUUUCUACUAUUUACAUGUACUUGAUCAAAAUACCAACGUCACUCGACUUGAAGUUGGUCCAAAAACCUUCGUCAAGCAAGAUCAUGAGAAGGUCAUCCUCGGACCUGAACGCAUGUUAAUCAUUCCACCACGUCACUAUUGUGUAGUGGAGAAUCCAGCCAUUCGAGACAAAGAUGGCAAAGUUGUUACAGAUUCGAAUGGUCAAGUGAAAUUGCUUCACUCAGAUGUUGAUAUUCGUUUCGCCCAAGAGCCAUUUCCCCUCUAUCCAGGAGAAGUUCUCAAACAAGCAGUCACACCAUUAAAAGUCAUUGAGCCUAACUGUGCAUUACGUCUUCGUGCCGUCUUGGAUUUUGUUGAUGAAAACGAUAAACAAAUUCGAGCUGGAGACGAAUUUCUCUUUCAAGGACCUGGUACCUAUCUUCCUCGUAAGGAGGUUAGUGUUGAAGAACAAAUCAAAGCAGUCAUCUUGAAACCAGGCGAAGCCGUUCGUUUACGUGCUAAAAAAGAAAUGACAGAUCGCGAUGGUAUUGAACGCGAAACAGGCGAAGAAUGGCUGAACCGAACAGUCGGAUCCUACUUACCCUUAGCCUAUGAAGAAGUUGUCUCAACAGUCAAAGCCUAUGUGCUUACUGAUAAAAAAGCACUUCAUGUCCGUGCACUGCGCACAUUUACGGAUGCAUUCAAACACAAACGUCUUCAUGGUGAAGAAUGGUUAAUCUAUGCCAGCGAUGCCGAAACCUACAUUCCCGACGUAUAUGAAGAGGUUGUUGGCGUUGUAUCUGUAACCGUGUUGAACUCUCGUCAAUAUUGCGUCAUUCUUGAUCCAGUUGGUUCUGACGGUAAACCACAGCUUGGAAAGAAAAAACUCGUUAAAGGCGAAAAAUCCUUCUUCCUUCAGCCCGGUGAAAAAUUAGCUAAAGGCAUUCAAGAUGUCUACGUUCUUGAAGAAGAUGAAGGUCUUAUCCUACGUUGCACAGAAUCAUUCAAAGAAGAUGGGAAAGUCGUUAGAAAUCCUGGUGAUCGCUGGAUGGUUCGCGGGCCUAAAGAUUAUAUUCCAGCUGUUGAAGCUGAAGUUGUUCUUCGUCGUAAAGCAACCCCAUUGGAUGUCAAUGAAGGAAUUUACGUUCGUGAUGUUAAAACCGGUAAAAUUCGAUCGGUCAUCGGCAGUACAUAUUUAUUGACUGAAAAUGAAGAACUUUGGGAAAAAGAUUUACCAGCACAAGUUGAGCAAUUGAUCACUUUAGAUCCACGAUACUUUGAAGAUAAAGCAGGACUUCCUACUACUAUUCCACCACGUGAUAAAUCUAAAGUUGUUGUCUACCGUGUGCCACACAAUGCAUGUGUACAAAUCUACGAUUAUAAAUCAAAGAAGGCGCGUAUUGUUUUUGGUCCUGAACUCGUUAUGCUUGGUCCCGAUGAGCAAUUCACCGUUUUGAAUCUUUCCGGUGAAAAACCCAAAGUACCCAACAAAAUCCGUGCUAUCUGUCUUCUCUUGGGCCCGGAGUUUUCCAGUGAUAUUGUUACCAUUGAAUCAAGUGACCAUGCUCGUCUAUCUCUUCGACUUUCUUACAACUGGCACUUCGAAGUUACUGAUCGUAAUGACCCGAAAGAAGUUGCUAAACUCUUUUCAGUCCCUGACUUCAUCGGAGAUUUCUGCAAAGCUGUUGCUGCCAAGAUCCGUGGUGCCGUUGCUGCUAUCCCUUUCGAUGAUUUUCAUAAGAACUCAGCUAAAAUCAUUCGUACAUCAGUAUUUGGCCUUGAUGAAAAUAAACGAGUCAACAACCGAUUACUAUUUCCACAAAAUAACUUGGUUUUAACUUCAAUUGAUAUUCAAAGUGUCGAACCUGUUGAUCAACGAACACGUGAUGCACUUCAGAAGAGUGUCCAAUUGGCUAUCGAAAUCACAACCAAUUCACAAGAGGCUCAAGCUAAACAUAUGGCCUCUCGAACUGAACAAGAAGCCAAAGGUCAUUUGGAACGACAGAAGAUUACCGAUGAAGCUGAAGCUGAAAAGGCUCGACGAAAACUAUUGCAACUUCAAGCACUAUCAGCUGCUGUUGAAUCAACCGGUCAAUCGCGUGCUGAAGCACAAUCACGAGCUGAAGCUGCUAAAAUCGAGGGUGAAGCAGCAGUUGAACAAGCCACACUUCGUGCCCAAGCAGCUAAGAUCGAAGCUGACAUCGAACUUUACCGAUUAACUCAAGCUCGUGAAUUGGAAUUGAGCUAUUCGAAAUUAGUUUCUGAUCUUGAAAUUGAAAAAGCCAAACGAUUAGCUGAUAUCGAAACUGAAGAAUUCAAACAACAUGUUUCUGCUAUUGGACCUAAGACCAUACAAGCAAUCGCAACAAGCGGACCUGAUAAUCAAGUCAAACUUCUUCAAGCACUUGGUAUCAAAUCAACUUUGAUCACUGAUGGACGUAGUCCAAUCAAUCUUUUCAACACAGCUGUUGAUUUAGUUGGAACACCAGCUGUGCAACAAUAA